AUGGCGACAAGUUUAUCGGAGAAUUUAUUGCCUCAAGUGAUACCCAAGAUUUCAGAGAAAACGUCAGAUACUGCAAGUGAUCCUGGCGACGAGGACUGUGAUUGCAAUGAAGUUAGCUACGGUACAGGUGACGCUGUGUUUGCGUGUUUUGUGGUUGCACCGCUUGUGGUCAGCGUAUGGAGAGGGACGUGGGGCGUUAUGGAUCUCCAUAGCACACUAUUUCCAUUCGCCCAGAUAUAUGUGAUGGGAAUUGUUAUACACAUAUGUUUUGCUUUAAUAAGAUCUCAACUCUUAGCCCGAUCAACUGGUGCUUGGAGUAACGAAGACGGCGGAGCUGGGAGGUGGCUACGAGAGAGGAUUCUCUCCCGAGUUUACACGUAUAUAUUUACACUCUCCUGCAUCAUGCAUUGGAGAGGUGGCUGGGGCCUGCUGGAUGCAACUGUUGUUGCCCUACUUCCAAAUGAUGAUGACUCUCACAGACCGGUCCUUAUAGCAGCAUUUACGAUAUUCUUCUACGUGUCCAUAACUUUGCUGCGAUCGUCUCGUAAUCUUCUGUCUCCGCCAUAUUUCGUUGUCACCGAUGGAAAGGAACCCACAUACCUCUUCACGACACGAUUCAGGAAAACUAGUAGCAGAGAGACGAUGCUGUAUGUCCUGGACUGCAUAUUCUCGGUGACUGUGGUGGGGUCGCUAGUGGUCUUCGUCUGGAGAGGGUCCUGGGCGCUCCUCGACAUCUUCAUAUAUCCUGAAGAUAAAGCCACAUCCAGCUAUACGUCACUGAUAGUGGGCUACGCGCUGGUGGUGAUCACGUUCGCUCUCCAAGCGCCCAUCCGGUGGGCGGCUGCGAGGCUCCACGGCGCGCCCAGGCUGCUGCUGGCCGACGUGUACCAUCUCAUCUCCUUCAUAGCUACUGUCAACGUGUGGCGCGGCGUUUGGGGCUUGCUUGACGUGUACUGGUUUCCUGAAACGCCCAAACUCAGCAAUUGGAGUUCCCACAUAAUCAGUCUCACUCUGCUGAUUCUUCUCAACUGUUCCAACUCUAUACUUGUCAGAGGGGUGUACAUUGAUGCGGAGGAGCCGGCGGGUGAAUGUGUUGUCUUCCCAUGCCAUUACCUUCGUCUCUAUUUCCACAAAGAGCGGACGAAAAAACGACACAGAAGGGCCCUUGCUGCCGCCGCCGCAGCCUCAGCAAAGUUACCCGAGGAUGCAAACCUACCGUUACAACUUCCUGAAGAGAAAGUUUAGCCUCGAAUAAUUUGCUAGUGAUACGCGAUAGACAUUUCUAGUACUAUAUGUUGUUUAGUAUUACUGUAGUUUACCAGUGAUAUAUUUGGUAGUAUGAUAUGGUUUGUCUUUCUUUCUGCCACACAAACUGACUGUAGUACAUUAAAUUUUGUUAUUUUAUUAUUAUAUUUGUAACUUCUUGCACUUAGUAUUGACAUCAGGGGUUAGGUUGUAUGAAUGGAAUUGUAUGAGCUGAUCACGCGAUUUGGCGUUGCGCAUUUUUUAUUACAUUCCAUGUCAUAAAUGUAUUAGGUUAUCAUAAUAUCAGUAUACUGUAUAUAUAACAAAUAAUUUUUCAUUACCAACCUCAAUGGUCUAGCACUUUAGCACAUAGCAUUACUUCAAAUAGUUGCGGGUUCGAUUCCUUGGACGGUACAAACAUUUAUUGAUAAGUAAGAAUAAUUGCUUGUAUUAGUCUGAGUGU